CAAAUGGCAAUCCUCAAUCUCUCCCCCAAUUUCUUUCCUUCUUUCUCUUUUCUUCACUAUUAUGCUCAAAGGACUUGUAUCAUUACAAAACCACCUACUAUGAUUUAGCGGAAAAACUCUGACAUUUCGGAAUCUUUUCCAUUAUCUCUAGAGUUCUGGCCAUGGCGGAUGGCGGGUCUCCCAAAACGGCGUCGUCCAAGUCCAACCGCCUUGCAGCGGAGCACAGUCCUUACCUUCUUCAGCAUGCUCAUAAUCCUGUUGAUUGGUAUCCAUGGGGGGAGGAGGCUUUUGCAGAAGCUCGUAAAACAGAUACCCCUAUCUUCCUGUCAAUUGGUUACAGCACUUGCCAUUGGUGUCAUGUAAUGGAAGUUGAAUCAUUUGAGGAUGAAGAGGUGGCCAAAUUGCUUAAUGAUUGGUUUGUCUGUAUCAAGGUGGAUCGUGAAGAAAGACCAGAUGUUGAUAAGGUAUACAUGACUUAUGUACAAGCAUUAUACGGUGGCGGGGGUUGGCCGUUAAGCGUCUUCCUUUCACCUGACCUAAAGCCUUUGAUGGGUGGCACUUAUUUUACUCCAGAUGAUAGCCCUGCAAGACCUGGCUUCAAAACUGUACUUAGGCAGGUUAAAGAAGCUUGGGACACUAAGAAGGAAUACAUGGUCAAAGGUGGGAUGUUUGCAAUAGAACAGCUCGCAGAAGCAUUAGCUGCCGUUGCCAGAUCAGAAAAGCUCCCGGAUGGACUUCCAGAGAGGGCAGUUCAGAAAUGUGCUGAACAGCUUGCGGAUAGUUAUGAUUCCAAGUUUGGUGGAUUUGGCUCUGCUCCGAAAUUCCCCCGACCCGUUGAAAUCCAGCUGAUGCUUUAUCAUAAAAAGAAGUUAAAGGAUAACCAAAUGCCCGGCGAAGCAAAGCAUGACCUGAGCAUGGUGGCUCUGACCCUUCAGUCCAUGGCAAGGGGAGGUAUCCACGAUCAUGUUGGAGGCGGAUUUCACAGAUAUAGUGUCGAUGAAUGCUGGCACGUACCUCAUUUCGAGAAGAUGCUAUAUGAUCAAGGGCAACUUGUUAACAUUUAUCUAGAUGCUUUCUCGCUUACGAAAGAUAUGUUCUAUUCAAGCACAGCGAGGGACAUUCUUGAUUACUUGCAGCGGGAGAUGAUAGGCCCUAGUGGGGAAAUAUUUUCUGCUGAGGAUGCAGAUAGUGCGGAAUUUGAAGGCACGUUGAGGAAGGAGGAGGGUGCCUUCUAUGUCUGGACCAGCCAAGAGAUCGAUGACAUACUCGGAGAGCAUGCCCCCCUCUUUAAAGAGCACUAUUACAUUAAAUCGUUGGGCAAUUGCGAUCUAUCAAGAAUGAGCGACCCUAACGACGAGUUCAAGGGUAAGAACGUGCUUAUAGAGCAAAAUAGUACUUCUGCAAUGGCGUCGAAAUCUGGUAUGCCACUGGAUGAGUACCUAAAGAUCUUGGGGGCCUGUAGAAAGAAACUUUAUGAUGUUCGGUUGAAACGCCCAAGGCCAUCUUUGGAUGAUAAGGUCAUCGUUUCGUGGAAUGGGAUGGCAAUAUCUGCCUUUGCUAGAGCGUCGAAAAUCCUAAAGAACGAACAUGAAGGAACACAGUUCCAGUUUCCCAUUGUUGGAGCUAACCCUAAGGAGUAUAUGGAAGUUGCGGAGAAGGCAGCAACUUUUAUCCGGAAUCAUCUUUACGACGAGCAGACAAGAAGACUACAGCACAGUUUUAGGAAUGGCCCGUCUAAGGCACCUGGAUUUCUAGACGAUUAUGCCUUCCUGAUAUCUGGUCUUUUAGAUAUGUAUGAAUGUGGGAGUUCAACAAAUUGGCUAGCUUGGGCUGUUGAACUUCAGCAUUCACAGGACCAGAUUUUUCUUGACGAGGAGGGCGGAGGUUAUUUCAAUACUUCCGGUGAGGACCCCUCGGUCCUCCUCCGGCUGAAAGAGGACCAUGAUGGUGCAGAACCGUCGGGUAACUCUGUUGCAGUGAUCAACUUAUUUAGACUGGCGUCACUAGUAGCGCCGGUUUCUGAUCGUUACAGGCAAAACGCAGAAGUUCUGCUGGCUGUUUUCGAGAAUAGUUUAAGAGAAACGGCGAUGGCCGUGCCAUUGAUGUGCUGCGGCGCAGAUAUGCAUCGUGUCCCUUCAAGAAAGCAAGUUGUGGUGGUGGGAGACAAGGCGAGUGAAGAAUUCGACCAAAUGUUUGCUGCUGCUCACUCAUCAUAUAAUCCUAAUAAAACAGUGAUUCAUAUAGACCCUAGAGAUGCAGAGGAAAUGGAUUUCUGGGAGGAAAACAAUGAGAAGAUUGCUGCUAUGGCCAAGACCAACUAUGUGCCUGACAAGGUUGUUGCGCUUGUCUGCCAGAAUUUUGCGUGCAGUCCUCCGGUGUAUGAAGCGAGUAUGCUCGGAUCUCUGCUCGAUUAGUGAUUUCU